ACCUUAGUCAUCUGCAAAGUGCACGGCUCAAGUGAAGAGCGGGCAAACGUUUCAAACGAUGAUUUGAGUCAUAAAUUUAUUAAAAAGGACAACCGUCUUGUUGUACUUGACUCCCUCCCCAAGUACGGCAGAAACAGAAUCGAAUAACAAACUUCCUCCAAACACCAUGGAACAGGCAAAGGAGGCAGUCGAGAAGGUGGCAGAGGGUGUUAAAAAUAUUGCCAUUGGAGAGAAGAAACCCAAAGCACCUAAAGCACCAAAGCCCAAGAAGGAAAAGGGAGGGGAUAGUGGGGCAGAUUCCGGACCUUUGGAACUCAACCCAGCGCCAGAAUUUAUUGCCCAUCGCAUAGCAGUUUUCGACAAGUUGAAGGCCAAAUACGAUGCUGAAAUCGCUGCAAAACCAAGAGUGCCUAUUACCAUUACUCUUGCGGACGGAUCCAUUAAGGAAGGUGUUGCUUGGGAGACCACUCCCGCGCAAAUUGCAGAGGGAAUUUCGAAGAGUCUCCUUAAGCGUACGGUUGUUGCCAAAUUGAAUGGGGAUUCGGAACAAUUAUGGGAUUUGGAGAGACCUUUGGAAAGUGAUUGCAAACUUGAGUUGCUUCCUUUUGAAAAUGAUGAGGGCAGACGGGUCUUCUGGCAUUCUAGCGCUCAUAUCUUGGGUGAAGCAUCAGAAAGACGAUUCGGUUGCAGUUUGUGUAUCGGCCCACCCAUUGACAAUGGUUUCUAUUACGAGAUGGGUCUACCCAACCAAGGAACAGUUACCGAUGCAGACUGGCAGCCACUGGAGAAAUUGGUCGGCCAAAUUGUAAAGGAGAAGCAGAAGUUCGAGCGAUUGGUUCUCUCCAAAGAUGAUCUUUUGGAGAUGUUCAAGGACAACAAGUACAAGCAGCAUAUCAUUAAGGACAAGAUCGCGGAUGGAACUAAUACUACUGUCUACCGCAAUGGACCUCUGAUCGAUUUAUGUCGAGGCCCCCACGUACCUAACACCGGCAGAAUCGAGACAUUUGCUAUCAUGAAGAAUUCAGCAUCAUACUUCCUAGGAAAUAAGGACAACGACUCUCUGCAGAGAAUUUAUGGUGUAUCAUUCCCCGAUAAGAAGCAAAUGGCCGAGCACAAGAAGUUUUUGGAAGAGGCUGCAAAGCGUGAUCACAGAAAACUUGGUAAGGAUCAAGAACUGUUCUUCUUCCACGAAUUAUCUCCUGGAUCCGCAAUGUGGUUGCCACAUGGUGCUCGUAUCUAUAACACUAUCCAGUCAUUCUUGAGAGAGGAGUACUGGAAACGUGGCUACAACGAAGUCAUUACGCCAAAUAUGUACAACUCUGAACUCUGGAAGACCUCUGGUCAUUGGGCAUACUACAAGGAUGACAUGUUCACGUUCCCGGUCGAGAAGGAUGUUUUUGCUUUGAAGCCCAUGAACUGCCCUGGCCAUUGCUUAAUGUUUGGACACCGCGAACGUAGUCAUAGGGAAUUGCCAUGGCGAGUUGCAGACUUUGGUGUGCUACAUCGUAACGAAGCUUCGGGUGCAUUGACUGGUUUAACAAGAGUAAGAAGAUUCCAGCAAGACGAUGCCCACAUUUUCUGUAGGGAAGACCAGAUUAAAGAUGAAAUUACCGGCUUGUUCGAUUUCCUCAAGGCUAUCUACGGCCUUUUGGGUUUCACCUUCAAGCUGAAGCUUUCUACCCGCCCAGAGAAGUUUUUGGGUAAAAUUGAGACUUGGGAUAUGGCAGAGGAUAAACUCCGAUCUGCCUUAGACGAAUUUGCGUCAAGUGAUGGCGGAGUACCAUGGGAACUUAAUGAAGGUGACGGUGCUUUCUAUGGUCCAAAGAUUGAUAUCACUAUUUGUGAUUGUCUGAAGAGAGAGUGGCAAUGCGCUACAAUCCAACUUGAUUUCCAAUUGCCCCAAAACUUUGGACUUGAAUACAAUACCGGUGAUGUGCCAACCAAGAAGGAAGAGGUGGCCGUCAAGGAACCCGUUGUUAAACCCAAGAAGGAUUCUGAACCAGAGGAUCCAAAUGCUCCAAAGGAGAGAGUGUAUAAGCCGCUUACUCCUGGAUGCGCCAGACCAGUCAUGAUUCACCGAGCCAUGGCAGGUAGUAUUGAGCGUUUCACCGCCAUCUUGAUCGAGCAUUUUGCAGGUAAAUGGCCUUUCUGGUUGAGUCCUCGACAAAUCCUCGUUAUUCCAGUCGGUGUUGGCUACUUUGAAUAUGCUAAGGAAGUGCAAUCAAUCUUCCACAAACAACAAAUGUUCAUUGACGUUGACCUGAGUGGUAACACUCUGCAAAAGAAGAUCCGCACAGGGCAAUUAGCACAAUACAACUUUAUAUUCGGUAAGUAGUCACGUCUUCUUUUAAUAUUGACAAAUUAGUACUAACGCUCUCAAAAGUUGUCGGAGAUACGGAAAUGAAGGGUCGCGAGGUUAAUGUUAGAAAUCGUGAUGAUACAUCGACUCAAGAUAGAGGAAAGCCCGUUUCAUUGCAAGAAGCGAUUGAGAAGCUCACGGCACUUCGUGAUGAGCGAAGAUCGGAUAAUCCGUUCCCUGGUGAAGCAAAGGCUGCCGAGCCAGCAGUAGCUGUGGCACCUGCUGCGCCUGCUGCUUAAAUUGUGAGAUCUCUGGUGAAACGGAGUUGAGAAAUUUGAUGAGAUGAAUUAACAAAUACGAAGAUGAUGACAUAAGAAUCUGGAAGUUUGGGAAAGUAUCAUGACUACUACAUAAAAAAGAGUAUUUGAUGCAUUGUGUUUUCUUUGCUACUAGCAUCCUAUAUCUAGCGUCAUAUGAGAAAUGAGAUGAGAUGAGAUGAGAUGAGAUGAGAUGAGAUGACUAGAAUGAAAAGAAUAUUACAGC